GCCUUUUAUACAGUACAUGACAUUACAGAACUGUGUCAUUAUUGACAAGAAAAAUUAUCUUAACUCGGUGCACACACGAAGGUCCAAGGAAGGGAACGUGGUAUUUUUCAGAGGAUUGAAAGAUAACUAAAUUAAGUCUGCAGACUGCGUGCUAAGCCGCCUGAUGACCAGCAAAGGGAUUUCACCUCGUCCUUGAAGAGCGACAGAACAACAACACAAAACUAAAAACAAACACACCGAUCUUUUCUCUCGUUUUGUAUUGCUUGUUUUCCUAUGCACCCCGUGGAGGAGACAAGGAUUCAAGUUUCACUCAGAUGGGUUUCCAGUCCCAAUUCAAGAUUUAGCAGUCUGUCUAUUUGUAGGUACAGUGCAGGUGGCUACAAGUCUGGGCUCCUGAAUCCUGCUCUGCCAGUACUGAAACCUGUCCUACAAACCCACACAAACUACUAAUCUGAGAAGCUGCCUCUUUGCGAAGGGUGGCUCCUGCCGGGACCAGAAGAUUCAAGAUCCAGGACAGCAUUUUAAUUAGGAUGUCUUCCAAGCGACCAGCCUCUCCAUAUGGGGGAACAGAUGGAGAGGUAGUCAUGACGACAAGCAGACAGAAAUUGGAAGAUAAGGAGAGUGAUGGGCUCCCUGUCAUUCACCUACCCCUGAACUCCAGUUAUUCCAGCAAGCUUCAGUCGGAGGAGUUUCAGUCUGUAAACUCUUUGACCAGGGAAAAUUUCGGCCUUGACAGUCCCACUUCUCUCCACAACUCAAUGGAACAAGAUGGCAUAAAGGGUCCGUCUCUGAGUCCAUAUGCGCAGCAAAACUCAUCUACCUCACCGACUAAGACAGAAGACGGGGCUCGUCAGGGCAGCGACUCGGGCUCCAGCAUGGCUCUGGGGACCCCAGAGAGACGCAAGGGCAGCCUGGCCGAUGUGGUGGACACACUGAAACAGAGGAAAAUGGAGGAGCUUAUCAAAAACGAGCCUGAGGAAACCCCCAGCAUUGAGAAGCUUCUAUCAAAAGACUGGAAGGACAAGCUUCUUGCCAUGGGAUCAGGGAACUUUGGAGAAAUUAAAGGGACUCCAGAAAGCCUUGCUGAGAAGGAGAGGCAGCUCAUGGGUAUGAUCAACCAGCUGACCAGCCUGAGGGAGCAGCUGCUGGUGGCCCACGAUGAACAGAAGAAGCUUGCAGCAUCUCAGAUCGAGAAACAGCGCCAGCAAAUGGAGCUGGCCAAACAGCAACAGGAUCAAAUUGCAAGACAACAGCAACAGCUCCUGCAGCAACAACACAAAAUCAACCUUCUUCAACAACAGAUCCAGCAGGUUCAGGGUCAGUUGCCCCCGUUGAUGAUCCCAGUUUUUCCUCCAGACCAGAGGGCAUUAGCAGCAGCGGCAGCCCAGCAAGGUUUCCUCCUGCCCCCAGGCUUCAACUACAAACCUGGAUGCAGUGACCCUUACCCUCUUCAGCUGAUUCCUACUACCAUGGCAGCUGCUGCCGCGGCAACCCCAGGCCUUGGCCAACUCCAGCUGCAGCAGCUGUAUGCGGCCCAACUUGCAGCCAUGCAGGUAUCCCCAGGGGCCAAACUACCUGGCAUGCCCCAUACCAACCUGAGAAACAUCCACUCGCCAACCAACAUCCAGACAGAGAAGUGCAGGAGCACCCCUCCACCGAAAAGCAAGGAGGAGGGUGCACAGCCACUGAAUCUGUCGUCCAAGCCCAAGCCAACAGAGAGCAAAUCACCGACAUCCCCUGCUUCCCCACAGGUCCCCAGUAUGAAAAUGAACACAGGAUCCAUGAAACACAGUUUCCAGGCCUCACUCGCCAGCCCUCCCUCCAGAACAAACUCGAUAGAUCUUCUUUCCUCUAUCACCUCUGGUGGUUACUUGAAUGACCGUGACGCAGUCAACAAGGCUUUUCAGGAAGCCAGGCAAAUGAAAGAGCAGCUCAGGAGAGAGCAACAGGUGCUGGAUGCAAAGGUGGCUGUAGUCAACAGUCUGGGUCUCAACAAUGGCAGAACAGAAAAGGAGAAAGUCACUUUGGAAAGUCUGACACAGCAGCUUGCAGCAAAACAGUCUGAAGACGGGAAGUUCAACCAUGCCAUGAUGGAGUUCAAUAUGAGCGGAGACUCAGAUGGAAGCCCUAGUGUGUCCGAUUCAAGGAUGUUCCGAGAAGCCAGAGGCAGAGGAAGCAGUGAGCCUCAUAUCAAACGGCCCAUGAAUGCCUUCAUGGUUUGGGCAAAAGAUGAGAGGAGAAAAAUUCUACAGGCCUUCCCUGACAUGCACAACUCUAAUAUCAGCAAAAUUCUGGGGUCUCGUUGGAAGUCCAUGACAAACUUAGAAAAGCAGCCUUACUAUGAGGAACAGGCCAGGCUUAGCAAACAACAUCUGGAGAAGUACCCCGACUACAAGUACAAACCCAGGCCCAAGCGCACCUGCCUGGUGGAUGGCAAGAAGCUAAGGAUCGGGGAAUACAAAACCAUCAUGCGCAAUCGACGCCAGGAGAUGAGGCAGUACUUUACCGUUGGGCAGCAAGGUCAGAUCCCCAUCAGCUCAUCAGGAAUUGUGUACCCCGGAGCGAUUGCAAUGGCAGGGAUGCCCUCCCCCCAGAUCCCCUCAGAGCACUCCAGCAUGUCGAGCAGCCCGGAGCCCAGCAUCCCCGUCAUCCAGAGCACUUACCUGCACAGCAUGAAGACAGAGGAGACCCGCGUCAAGGAGGAGAUGCACGUGGAUGACAGCAACGGAAAUGUGUAUGAUGACUUUGAGUACGAGGACGAAGAUGCAGAUUACGGCAGCGACAGUGAAAACCACAUUGCUGCACAAGUUGACUGAUGAGGGGGGUUCGCGGUCCAGGACCUUUUCAGCGGCACCGCUACCACCACCAACACAACCUCCACCUCUCCUCCCCCUCUCCACUCACCCACCCCGACACUGAAAGGAUAACAGUCCCCCUCCUCACCUUUCUGGUGACCAGCGGCCAAGCACAUUAACUUUGUCAUACACUGACUGUUACAUAAACAAGAAAAAAAGUCUUAAACUAGUCAGGACUUCUGCUGAAUUCAAUACCUGUCUGCAAAGCAGGCUAAAGGAAAAAAAGAAAAAGCAGUUUAUAAGCUAUGGGUCAAAAAAUAAAGACGAAGAAAAUAGGAUGCCAGUAAUUCAGCUGCUAUACCCAAGCACUGAAGUCUUACCCUUUGACCUGUCUAUUGAAAAACUUUUAAAACAGCUGUUUGUUCUACGAUGUUCUAUAAUAUCCUCACUCAGGUACACAGUGCCAACAAGUGGCUUGUGAAUGUGUUUUGAUGUUUUUGUGCAUUUUUUUUUGGUAAAAUACACCUGACAGAAAGAUUUUAAAGCGUCUCUUGAGGAAUUUAUUUUCUUUAUCUCCAAUGAACUGUCGUCGCAUCCUUAAUUUCUGAGAACUUUCCGCCAUUCAUUGCACACCGACACCGCAUCUUAUAGGAAGUGCCAAAUUUGUACUAAGUGUUGAAGAUAGGUGACCUUUUUAAUCCUCUAUGUUUUAAGUUAGGAUAGUGUUGUGUUUUAGACAAUCCCAUAUGAUCCUGGAGUACCAGCAACUUGUGAAUUUUGUUGUUUUGUUCUUCUUGUUGUUUUAUUGUCUUUAAGGAAACUGUAGGUGCAGUUCUCAGGUGAAGAGAGAGACUUCUGAAACAAGAGAAAUACAUUUUCUUUUUAAAAUUACGUCAAUUUCUCUGGGUGUUAUGGUACUAAUAAUGUGUUGGACCAUUAUUAGCAAGUUGGCGCUGGGGAUGAAACUUCACCUGUUCCAAUGCUCAUUCGUGCAUAUCAUCUGAAGUGUUUUAUUUUGCAUUGAAAUUGAUCUCUGUAAUAGUUGCACUUCUUGUGAAAGGACUUAAGCCGUGGUACUCACAAUAUGAUGAAGCAGUGCCUCCACUCUGCUGCAGAGAUUAUGGAGCCUUCCUUUUAAAGCCUAAGGAUCUACAACAUGAAAUGGAGUUCAUAUCAAAUGAUUCAAAUCAUUAAUCAUAGUUACUAAAUACAAAAGUAUUUGAUGCUGAAAACCUGUCAAAUAUGGCUUUCCCUUAAGGGUGCACUAUGUUAAACGUUGGUCUUUGGUUAAGACAGGGGUGUGUACCUGUGAGCUGUAUAAGUAUGACAGACAUCAUGUCCCCCACUCCCCAAUCACACACACAAUAUUUAUUGAAACUAUGUAGGUAAUUUCAUUAAGAAAAAGCUGUAUAAAAAAAAAAUAAUAAUAAUAAUAAUAAAAAAGUUUUAAUCAUUACCGAGCAUGCCAAACCAAGCAGACUCCAAAAGAAACAAACAAAAAACUUUCCCUGAAAUUAGUGCCCAGGUUAAUAGAGCAAACACGUGGCAUGUAGGAAUGGUGCCUGCUGUGCAUUGCUGUAUAUAGGGGUCUACCCAAAAGCUAGUCAGAGCAUGGCUAUCCAGUACAGGUUUUGGAUCCACCAUGCCAUGAAAUAAUGUCUGAGGGUAAUUAUAUGCUUUCUUUUCCUUUAAGUGUUUAUUUCAUACUUUGGAGGAACAAUAUAGAUUUUAAAAAGGUUAUAAAUAUAUAAGGUAUAUGUGUCUGCUAUAUGUCUCUGGUUUAAAAGAGGAGUCCCAACAGCCUAAUUAACUUUGGCAGCCAAAUAAUAAAGGCAAUCUGUAUGGAGAAACACAAAUCAUAUACUCCAUAUUGGCACUUAAUGUCUUUGUAAGUGUGAAGCACCAUUGUCCUGGUAGAUAAAAUAAAGAAGUAAAAUAAAAAGUGAAGUCAGUCUAGGUCACAUCCUCAUAGAUUAGCAACUGGGCAUACAAUGAAUGACAAAACUUCAAUCGCACAAUGUUUGGAGUAAGCAUACAUUUUGGUUUACUUUGGUUGAAUUUUCAUUCCCAUUGGUUUUGAUGAAAUUCUUUUUUUGGUGAACUUACUCUGCUGUCAAAGCUUGGAGUAGCUGAUCAUAUUCUGCAUGUCAGUGUUUUGUUUGUAUUUGAAGACUGUAUUUUUUCAAACGAACUGCCUCUAGUGUAAUAAUAUUAUUAAUAAUAAUAAUUAUAAUAAUGGUCAGCUGUUCUCAGUUAGUAAGUUAUGUAUAAUUUAUUUCUCCUUCUUUUUGGGGUUUUUUAUAAUCUUAUGAAUCCGCUCAGCAAUGCAGCUUUACUUGUAGCAGCUGGUAGAUAGUGAGCCUGUUAUUUAGAUCUAAAUGUAGUUUCCUUUUUUAUAUAUUGUUUUGGUCCUAUUGAUGUCAUAUUAUUAUUAUUAUUAUUUUCUCAGAAGGAGUAAGUUAAAUGAACUGCUGUUGCAAAGGAGAUAAGUAACUUUUUCUCUCAUCAUUCAUUUCCAUUAACUUUCCCCAGGAUUCAGUUAUAAUUAUGGCUCUGCUAUCCAUAUAGUGGCUUUUAAAAAGUGACAAAUAACCAAACAAACAACAAAAUGACAAAUAUAUAAUACAGAUUGCAUUAUGCAGUGUUAUCAUUAGUAGUUGUCUUGUUAUUUGCUACUUUUAAAUUCUGCUGUAAGAAUAUGAGUGCCAAACUUAAAAUGUAAUCCUAUUGUAAACUAUGGUUAUGUUAAAUUCAUUACUUAAAGCACUAUGUGGACAAGUCUGAAAAAAAGGGUUUUGUAUCAAUUUAUGUACAAUGUGAUUUUUUUUUUUUUCUUUAAAGAAAAAUAUAUUGUUCCCCAUUGUUGUGAACAAAUUAUUAUUAUUGACUCGUUUCUGAGUGCCCUGCUCACAUUUGCUGGGAUUUUACACGAAACACAGUGGAACUCCAUUAGUAAGAACCCAUGGCUAUUGUGAAAUCUUAUUUGAUUAAAGUGCAUUGCAGUCUUGUAUGUGAGAAUAACACAUGCUGCAAAUGUUUUCUUCUAUUGCAACUCCUUCAGUACAAUGUGUUUAUUAAAGGGGCUUUAUUGUGUUUAAUAAAUUAUAUAUAUAUAUAUAUAUAUAUAUAUAUAUAUAUAUAUAUA